AACGUUUACUUUCACACCCUCAGCAGCAAACUUUGGAACCUAUAAUUGUCCCUAUGGGACAGAGGCACACCCAGGGGAAGAUGUGCCCAGGGCACUCAGUGCCCACACGAGAGCCCACAUCUGUUGCAAAGCUUUGCCCUGCCUCUGACCAGCCACUGAAGAAGGGGUAUUCCACGCAGUGGCGUCAUCUCCGCCUUGACCAGGAGCGGGAUGGGGAGAGUAAGCCCCAGACCCGAAGGAGGACUCAACCUUGAGAUUAGGCUGGAGACACAACAAGGGGUGGGGACCCCAAGGGCGGGGGCGGGGCAAAGCAGGUGAUAAUCUAGCUCGGAGACCUGAGCCUUGCACUCUCGGGCCUCUCCCCACUUGUCGCCUCAUGGACCGCACGGUUGUGCUCAUCACCGGCUGCUCCUCAGGCAUUGGCCUGCACCUGGCCCUGCGUCUGGCAUCCGACCCCUCCCAGAGCUUCAAAGUGUAUGCCACGCUGCGGGACCUGGGGGCGCAGGGCCCGCUGUGGGAGGCGGCCCGGUCCCGAGGGUGCCCUCCUGGCUCCCUGGAGACGUUGCAGCUAGAUGUGAGGGACGCAGAUUCUGUGGCCGCUGCCCGGGCACGCGUGACCGAGGGCCGCGUGGACGUGCUGGUGUGUAAUGCGGGGCGGGGCCUGCUCGGGCCGCUGGAGGUGCAUGCGGCUGGCGCCGUGGGGUCCGUGCUGGACGUGAACGUGGCCGGGACGGUGCGGACACUGCAGGCCUUCCUGCCGGACAUGAAGCGCCGCCGCUCGGGACGCGUAUUGGUGACCGGGAGCAUGGGCGGCUUAAUGGGGCUGCCGUUCAACGCCGUUUACUGCGCCAGCAAGUUCGCGAUCGAAGGUCUAUGUGAGAGUCUGGCGGUUCUGCUGCCGCCCUUCGGGGUCCACGUGAGCCUCAUCGAGUGCGGCCCGGUGCGCACCGCCUUCCUGGAGAAGCUGGAGAGCGUCCCGGGCGGGGCGCUGGACGGCGCGGACGCCGAGACCCGCGACCUCUUCUCCCGUUACCAGCGCCAUUUGGAGAGAAUCUUCCGCGAGGCGGCGCAGGACCCGGAGGAGGUGACGGAGGUCUUCCUGGACGCGCUGCGUCCGCGCCCGGCGCUGCGCUACUUCAGCACCGAGAGCUUCCUGCCCCUGGCGCACCUGCGCCUGGCCGACCCCAGCGGCUGCAGCUACGUUGCCGCCAUGCACCGCGCGGUGUUCGCAGACGAGCCCGCGGAGGAGGAGAGCGCCGCGGCCCCGGGCGGCCCCGAGCUCCGCGCUCCUCCCGCCGCCGCCCCGCAAUAAACGCUUGACCCGCCGCUGUCUGCCGCUCUCUCCUUGGUGCCCCAGGGGC